UCGAGAGAAAAUGAUGAUAAAGGUCAAGAUAGAAGUAAACUUGAUCCUACUGUGGACGGUUUUCUAGAAGAGAUUAUGAUUAAGAAUUCGUUACCGUGGAUUCCAUUUAACGAGCUAGAAAAUAUACAAACUAUUUUUAAAGAUCUGGUUAUUACUAUUAAAUCUGCUGAAUGGGCAUAUUCGCAUAAAUCGGGG